UAAAUGCAAUAUUAUUCGAGACUGCAUGAUAAAUCAGCAAUCUGUGGUGUAUUCUGUAUUGGCAACAGUACAUUUUUGCGUUGCUCUUGCUCACGUUGAAUUUAUUGCGAGUACUUCUCUGUGCAGUUUGUCCUUUUGUUUGUAGUGGUCUACUUGAAUAUAACUCGACUGUGGUAUUGAGUCUGAUGUCUCUGUAAACAUUAUACGAUUGUAAAUACUUACGCUGUUUUUAUUAUGAGUAAAUGAAUUAUUAAAGUGAGUUAUAAUUUGGAUGAAAAUUUCACCUGAAUGUGAUGAAAGUAACUUUGCUUAUGAAGUGGAAAAUUUUCAAGAGAAAUAAUAACAUAUUUAUGGUGCUAGUACCGCGGUGAAGGCGACGGCAUGUGGCACGGUGCGCGAGUGCUCCUACUCGCGGCGCUGGGGCUACUGGCCGGGCCUUCGGUCGCCGCACCCGCUAAAAAGUACAACCUUACCAUCGGAUACCUACCCUCCAUUAAAGGCGAGCACAGAGACAGACAGGGUCUCGCCAUCUCUGGGGCCCUUUCUAUGGCCCUCGAGGAGAUCAACAAUGGCACAGAUUUGCUACCCGACGUGCGACUGCUGCUGGAAUGGAAAGAUACGAAGUGCGACACGGUGACGGCCACGCGUCUGCUCACCGACAUGAGUUGUUCGGGAGUCGUCGCCUUCUUCGGCCCUGAGGGUCGCUGCCACACCGAGGCCAUCAUAGCCCAGUCUAGGAACUUACCAAUGAUAUCUUAUAAAUGUUCGGAUUACCAAACGUCAACGUUGUCGAACUUCGCAAGAUUGGAACCUCCGGAUACGCAGGCGACCAAAUCUGUCAUAUCGUUGCUUCGAUACUACAGAUGGAAUAAGUUCUCGAUCCUAUAUGAGGAGUCGUGGGUGACGGUGGCGUUGACGUUAGAGAACCACGCGAAGAAGAAUAACAUGACCGUGAACCAUCAGCGACCGGUCAUCGACGGUUUCAAGUGUUGCGAGGAGAAGAUGACUUGCUGCGCUCCUGGAUUCUGGUACCAGUUCAUACAGGACACUAAGAACAGAACUCGAAUAUAUGUGUUCUUGGGUUCAACCGCUGGCCUAAUAGAUAUGAUGACAGCCAUGGAAUCAUUGCAAUUAUUUGUGAAGGGAGAGUACAUGGUCAUAUUCGUCGACAUGAUGACUUACUCGCCGAAGGAUUCUUUAAAAUAUUUAAUAAAGACGGAGGACCGCGCGUCGAAGCUGGUGUGCCCCAACACGGCGGAGUUCCGCAAGCGCGCGCAGUCGCUGCUGGUCGUCGUGUCGUCGGAGCCCGAGGGCAGCUACGAGUACUUCACGGGCAAGGUGCGCGUCUACAACAGCAUGAAGCCCUUCGAGUUCCCGCUGCCCGCCGUCUUCGAGAACAGGUUCAACAAGUUCGUGUCGAUAUACGCCGCGUAUCUGUAUGAUUCUGUGAAGCUCUACGCGACCGCUCUACACAGUCUCAUAGAAGAGGAAACAACACAGAAAAAUGAAACUAUUACUUACCAAAAAUUAAUGAGCAUCGCUACCAGUGGAUCUGUUAUUGUUUCCAAAAUGAUUCGUAUAACUCCUUUUAAAAGUGUAUCUGGUAUGUCGAUUCGUUUGGACGAACGAGCAGACUCCGAGGGUAACUUCUCCGUGCUCGCCUUCAAACCUGCCAACUUCACGGAUGAUGACGUCAACUGCACAUACAGCAUGAUACCCGUCGGACACUUCCAACAGAGCAGUCGUGAAUUUCCUGAAUAUAAAUUAAAUCCCCGCCUGCCAAUCGACUGGCCGGAUAGCGUUAAGCCUGAAGACGAACCUUCAUGUGGUUUCCUUAAUGAAAAAUGUCCGAAGGAUGACUCACAGAUAACGUCCCUGGUAGUCGCGGGGACAUUAGCUGUGACAUUAUUCUGUGCCCUCGUAGUUACUAUAAGCAUUUAUAGAAAGUGGAAAAUAGAACAAGAGAUAGAAGGAUUGUUGUGGAAAAUAGACCAGCAAGAAAUAGCCGGCUACUUAGGUAGUGGUCUUAUGUUGUCGCCCAGUAAGUUAAGUUUAGCUAGUGGGAUAUCUUGUGAGAGCAGAUGUUGUACACAAAUAUUUACGACGACGGCGCAGUACAAGGGAAACGUAGUGAGAAUAAAGGAACUGAAAUUCACUAAAAAGAAAGACAUAUCGCGCGACGUGAUGAAGGAGAUGCGCCUGCUGCGCGAGCUGCGCCACGACAACCUGAACUCCUUCAUCGGCGCCGUCAUCGAGCCGCUGCGCGUCCUGCUCAUCACCGACUACUGCGCCAAGGGGAGCUUGUAUGAUAUAAUUGAAAACGAAGAUAUAAAGCUGGAUAAGAUGUUUAUAUCUUCUCUGGUGCACGAUCUCAUCAAGGGUAUGAGUUUUAUUCACUCAUCGCCAUUAAUCUUCCACGGAAAUCUCAAGUCUUCGAAUUGCGUCGUCACAUCGAGGUGGAUGCUUCAGGUAACUGAUUUUGGGCUCCACGAAUUAAGAUAUUGCGCUGAAAAUGAUUUCAUCGGGGAGCAUCAAUAUUAUAGAGGCUUACUAUGGAAAUCGCCAGAGUUACUGCGACAGUUAGAUGAUCCAAACGGUACCGUCGGAGGAACGCAGAAAGGUGACGUUUAUGCUUUUGGCAUAAUUCUGUACGAAAUAAUCGCCCGACGAGGACCCUUCGGCGCCACCACUCUGGAGCCUAAAGACAUCGUGGAGCGCGUGAAGCGGCCGCGGCGCGAGGGCGAGGAGGCGUUCCGGCCCGACACGCGCGCGCUGGACGCGGACGACUACGUGCUGGCCUGCAUGCGCGACUGCUGGGCCGACGACCCCGCCGUGCGCCCCGACUUCCCCGCGCUGCGCACCCGCCUCAAGAAGAUGAAGUCCGGCAAAUCUAGAAAUAUUAUGGAUCAAAUGAUGGAUAUGAUGGAGAAGUACGCUAAUAAUUUAGAAGAACUAGUCAAUGAGAGAACGAGGCUACUGAUAGAAGAGAAGCAGAAGACCGAAGACUUGCUCCACAGAAUGCUACCAAAAUCAGUCGCUCGUCGGCUGACGACGGGCGAGGGCGUCGAGCCGGAGUCGUUCGACUCCGUCACGAUCUACUUCAGCGACAUCGUCGGCUUCACCGCCAUGUCCGCGGAGAGCACGCCGCUGCAGGUCGUCAACUUCCUCAACGACCUGUACACCGUGUUCGAUAGGAUCAUACGAGGCUACGACGUGUACAAGGUUGAAACCAUCGGGGAUGCUUAUAUGGUGGUGUCGGGCCUACCGAUAAGAAAUAACGACAGACACGUGGGAGAAAUCGCAUCAAUGGCGCUGGAACUGCUAAAUGCUGUCAAGAGUCACAAGAUAUCUCACAGACCGAACGAAGUUUUAAAAUUAAGGAUAGGCAUACACACAGGCGCGGUGGUGGCGGGCGUGGUGGGGCUGACCAUGCCGCGCUACUGCCUGUUCGGCGACACCGUGAACACGGCCUCGCGCAUGGAGUCCAACGGGGAGCCGCUGCGCAUACACAUCUCGCCGAGCUGCAAGCAGGCGCUCGACAAGCUGGGCGGGUACGUCGUGGAGCCGCGCGGGACUAUACCCAUCAAGGGAAAAGGACAGCUCCAAACGUACUGGUUAGUCGGUGCGACGGAGAAGGCAAUACAGAAGAGGCCGGUAGAAGGGGAGGAACGCCCUCUGUUCUGUCGGCCCAGGAGAAGUCCUCGCUUAACGGAUUCCAGACAUCCCUCUAUUUCGGAGCUGCGAGGCGAGGCCCGCGUGCGCCAGCGCCUGCACAGCGGCGCGUCGCUGCCGCCGUCCGCGUCGCCCGCCGCGCGCCGCGCCGCGCUCGCGCCCACCUCCAGACGCGCACUGAGCUCGAUCGCGUCGUCGACGGCGUGCUCGGGCGCGGGCGAGGCGGGCGUGGCGCUGCGGCCGGCGCGCUCGCUGGACGUGCUGUCGGCGCGCGGCCGCCUGCGCCGCCACCACACCACGCGCUCGCUGGACGUGGAGGUGGCCAUCGCGACCGUCUCCUCCUCGCUCUUCAACGGCAACGCGUUCGGCCUGCCCGAUGACCCGCCGCGCGCCGACGAGGACAGUCCGCUGCUGCGCAAAGCGAGCCUGUGUAACAAGCUGGACCGGCCGAAGCGCAAGGUGCCCGACUCGGACUACAUCGAGUUCUACAAGAAGUGGCGCUCGCUGGAGAACGUGGCGGACGCGAAGAGCGGCGCUAAGAUGCCUCGCUUCGCGAUCCGCUCGUGGCUGCUGGGCAUCUUCGGCGGCGGCGCUCGCAGCACGUCGUCGUCGCUGCGCCGCGCGCCGCACCUGCUCGACCGCGAGUCCGCCGUCUGAGCGCCGAACUUCCCCUCUAAGUGUAUAUUGCGCUAUAUGUAUAUGAAAUGCUGUUGUAAAUAAUAUGUGUAAGUAAAACGAUGUUACCGUCAAUUGUGAAAUAAGAGUUUAAUGUUAUUAAAUAAUUUCUAUUGAACAA